GACAAGCAUUCAUUUGCAGGACAACAACUCAAAGGAUUUUAUUUUUUAUUAUUAUUAAUUUUUUUUUUUGCUUGGUAAUCAUGACAGAGGAAGCACAGCAAAAGAUUCGUGGAUUGGUUGACAUGGCCAUGAGCUAUGUAAUAGAACCAAUGCGGCUUUCUGUGCCUGCCGUCCCAGAGACCCUGGACGGCUUAGUGGAGCAGUUAAAAUCGAACUUGGUUCUUGAUGAAAAAACUGAUUCCCCAUCCUCUACUCAAGACGAGGAGCCUUGGGAUGGUGAAGCAUUUGGUGUACGCCUUGCAAACCUCGGAAAACUUCUUGCAAAUGAUGUGACCAAGGCGACUCUUGCUUGCAAACCUCCUGCAGAGAGUAAGGCAGUGAUAAAGAUGGUGGAGGCUCUUGGGGAGACAUGUUUUCGUUUAGCAGGAUUUGUGGAAUCAAUCCCGGUCAAGGUUGCAGGACAGACUUAUAAAAACGAAAUUCAGAUCCUUGCUAAUAACAUCUUUUUGGCGACUGCAGGAUUGAUGAAUGAGUUUUUGGAGGUCAAGAAUGAGAAACUGUUACAGAUACAACAACAGAACAUGGCUUUCGAUCUAAAAACAGGAGGAAACGUAAAAGGAACAGGGGCAGGAGCAGGAGCAGGAACAGGAACAGGAGUGGGAAUGGAAAAAAGUGUCAGUGCAACCGCGGCAGCAGCGGCCGUGGCAGCAGCAGAAACAGCAAUAGCAUCAUUGUCCUCAGAAGGCUUAGCAGAUAAAUCAUCUUUUGUAAAAGAAGAUGGCUAUUUGGUCAAGACUGGGAUUGUAUGGGAAGCAUGUCAGAUCUUUGAAAAAGCGAGCCGUUCGAAUCGUCAGGCUGUGGCAAAGAAAUGGGGGGAUAUGAUGUCAACGAUGGAGGAUGCAAUUGCUGAGGUUCAGGAAAUGAUUGACACGAAUGAUGACAAGAAGGAUAGUAAUGAUGAAGAUGAUGAAGAUGAUGAUGAAGAUGAUGAAGAUGGCAACGAUAGUGGUGAUGAAAGUGACGACAGUUGGGGUGAGGAUGAAAAGAUGACGGAGGAGGAGAAACAACUGAGCACUCGGGCUAAUGCUAUGUUAAAGUUGACAAGACUUUUGUUCAAGAAGCUGCAGCAACGGUGUCUUGAUGUGGAGCCAUCUCGUACUAUCGAUACAUCAGCAUCUUUAUCAAACGCGUCACCGUCUUUAUUAGGAACGGAUCCUACAACAGCUGGAUCAACAGUAACUUUGAAACAAUCGGAUUUGGCGUUGAUGUGGGAUCAAUUGUAUGAUCGAGCUGGAGGUAUUGUUGCCCUCACGGACGAGAUUGCGACAUCGUUGUAUAGUCCUCAGGAUCAGGGAUCGAUCAUUGAGCAAUUGAAGGAGCUGAGUCGCAAGAAUCAAGAUUGUAUUCUUAUGGGUAGGCUGUUUGUUCGUGGACAAGCUGAACAUGAGAGAUGGCUUGACAUGUGUGUGGCUCAAUUCAAGAAGAUUCUUGAUACGGUUGUUCAACAACAGACAUGAAGACAUG